UCCAAACUUGACUUAAAAGCAAAGAAAACCCUCUUCCAAAAUAUUGCACCAUGGCUUCUUCAUUACCUUCAUCUUUCGCCAUAAUUUCACCAUCUUCCAACCAUUAUUCUCGUCAACCCAUUCAUGUUAGAGCUCAAAGCUUUAGAGAUGGAGGUAAUCAACCAUUAUAUAUCCAUCAACUUUCUCCUAUUAUUCUUAUUGUCAAUUCUUUUUCAAAUAUUAUAAGUUAUAGAGGUGGGUCAAGUAACCGGGUGGAUGCGAAUUUGAGUGUUCUAAGGGAGAGAAUAGAGCAGGUGAAGAUGAAGGAGAAGCUGGAGAGAUGUUGCAGGUCAUAUGAUAAGUGGGGGUGGAACUAUGGAGCUGGGUAUAAUUAUAAAGUUAAAAGAGAUGGGCAAUUAUCAGAAUUGUUUGAACUUUUGAGUUUGGUAGGGGCAACCCUUGGCUUUACCUGCCUUACGGGCAUUCUUUUCCUUUGCUUUUUUUCUUUUUUUCUUCAUUUAAAUCAAUGGUUUUGAUUCUAAUUCUAUGUAUAUAUGUAUACCAAGCAUCAGAAAGUUUAUGUAUAUGUAUAUGUAUAUGUAUAUGUAUAUGUAUAUGUAUAUGUACAUGUUCAUGGGAGAAUGGAGAUGCUCCUUACCAAGAAAUAAAUUGCUUGUUCUUAGUA